AUGGCCUCCAGCCUCACCUGUGCCGGCGUCGUCUGGGCCUUCCUCUCCUUCCUCUGCGCCGCCGCCUCCUGCGUGGGCUUCUUCAUGCCCUACUGGCUCUUGGGGUCUCAGCUGGAGAAGUCGGUUUCCUUUGGCACUUUCCGGAGGUGUUCCUACCCGGUGCGGGAUGAGAGCCGCCAGACGACCGUGAUGGUGGAGCAGUGUGGCCGCUACGCCUCCUUCCAGGCCAUCCCAAGUGCCGAGUGGAGGAUCUGCACGGUGGUGACGGGCCUGGGCUGUGGGCUGCUCCUCUUGGUGGCCCUGACAGCUCUCAUGGGCUGCUGCGUGUCCGAUCUCAUCUCCAGGACCGUGGGCAGGGUGGCAGGAGGCAUCCAGUUCCUGGGGG